AUGCCGUCGAGUAUAAGAGCGCAAGAGUUUCCCAGCCAGCGGUUGCAGAACAAGUGCUCAAGAGCGGCCGGUCGAUCAGAGAUGGACACCUGGGCCUGCACAGCACUCUCCGACGUCAACAUAGCCGAUGCCACCGGUUUUGAUCAGUGUCCGUCUCCGCUUGGGACGGACUACCGAGACCAGCGUCUCCGCCAUGCUGAGCUUGAGCGAGCCGUGCAGGAGCUCCGCGAAAAGGUCGACGAAGAGGUGCAUAAGCGUCAGGUGGUCGACUUUGACCGGGAGCUGGCUAUCGAUGCCUUGAGAGAGAAGACCGAGGAGGUCAGGCAGCGAGACGAGACGAUCGACGCGCAGAACGCUCUGUUGAGUCUGGCCUGGGCUGACGCGCAAGAUUUGGCCUCGUCCCACCAGAGCACGCAAGAUGCAUUGCAGCUAUUGAAGGAGUAUAUCGAGGGCAUACUGGCGAGCACGCCGGAUCCGGAGCUCAAUGCGAACAAGAAGCGCAGACUUUCAGAGCCAGUUCUGCUCUGCAAGGUCAAGGACGUGUAG